GUGUGUUCCUUGAUUGUUUGGGAGUAACCCCAUUCGAUUUCGAGCUCGGAACAAUUGAACUAGUUGAAGAAGAUCUGGAAUUAAAUUGUGUUUGUUGAUGUGACACGGAAAAUUGUAGAUAUGAUCUCGAAGUCAAGUAGAAUAGUUGCGAGAAUGUGUCUGUGUUGUUGAUUGUUUUGUGAGGAAGCGGUUUCCGAGUUGAGUUGGGCGUUAUUGUAUUUUUGUUAUGCUUGAUUUUCUUAUCACGAUGUUGUCAUAGCGUUGCGGAGUUUGUUAGAUUGUGAUCUCUUUUGAAAUUAAGUAGCCUGAGACUUGGGCAAGAGUCGAGAUUGAAGCGUUUUAAAUUGCAUAGAGUUCAAGAAAGGAGGGAAGAUGGCAUGCUUGAUGGCUGGUGCAGGAGUGGCAGGCGUCUUUACGCAAUCCCAGCUGUGCAGUCGUUCCUCAUUUGCGUCGAAAUGCGGUGGCCUUUCUGGCGGUGGCGCACCUGAAUCUGUCGCCCCACGAGGUCUUGCAGUUCGGGCAGGCGGAGAGCCUUCUGCACAGUCUCUGGAAGUUAUGCGCAAGUUUUCUGAGCAGUAUGCGAGGAAAUCAGACACUUUCUUCUGCGUGGACAAGAGUGUCACUGCCGUCGUCAUCAAGGGUUUGGCGGAGCACAAGGACAUUUUAGGGGCCCCUCUUUGCCCCUGCAGGCACUACGAUGAUAAGGAAGCUGAAGCAAAACAAGGCUUUUGGAACUGUCCUUGUGUUCCCAUGCGUGAGAGGAAGGAGUGUCACUGCAUGUUGUUCUUAACUCCUGAGAAUGAUUUUGCGGGAGACGAGCAGAAAAUCACGAUCGAUGAGAUCGCCGAAUUGACGAAAGGCUUUUGAGGCACUUGUACCAUCCUCUAUUUUUCUGUAUUGGCUUCCUGUGCAUUGCAGAAGGACCACAUCGUUUCUGCACGCGAUUGUGUGGUGCAGGAAGGUGAAAUUCGUAAUGUUUAAAACAUAGCACUAGGUUCUGUAUUGAUAGGUCCAGAGUGUAAAUUUUGAGUUGGAAUGUAGCAUAUAUCCUUGUUCAACCCUGCAAGAUCCAAGAGAGCCAUCCAGUUCGUAAUUCAUGUUCUUGCUCCCUGUUUUGUAUGUCGGAUAUUCUCCAAGCCACUUCUUUCUUAUACAGCCUUUACAACAGCACGGGGCUCGUAAUUAGAGGAAUGAAACAUGAAUGAUUUUCUAGUCUAAGAGUUAAGAUAAAACGAAAAUAUUUCAUUGGA